AGGUUUAGAUCUAAGAACCUGACUUCGUUCCCCCCUUACUCCGUGUAGUGAAAAAUAAUGAAACUGAAAAGAUGUCUUUUGAGGAAAUGGUGAACGUUGGGGGAAGUGAGGAAGUAAGGGCUUUAGAGUAUGGUGACAUUGAGAUGACCAAUGAGUCAUCUGACUCAGAGAGGACGGAGGAAGGGAUAGGAGGAAGUGAGAUGGCCGAGGUUAAAGGGGAAGGGGUCCCUGCAACUGUAUUAGAAGUAGGAGGUAGAAAUGAAAGGUGGUAUGAUUUUGAGGCAGAUAUCGUGUCUGAGGUUAGGAAGUAUGAGUCUGAACUCGGGACCAGGGAUAGCCUGGGUUAUUUGAUGGAGACUUACGAAAUUUCUUCCCGAGUUCUAAUUAGGCCUGCUGGGGUGGAGGAGAGGGCAUGCUUUGCACCCCGGGAUCAUUGGAUGCCUAUGUAUGCCCAUUAUUUAGCAGUGGGGCUUUGGUUUCCAAUUCCUGAACUGUUGGUGGGGUUAUUGUUAAACCAUAGCAUAGGGUUGAUACAACUAGCCCCCAAUGCUAUGAGGAUAAUAAUAGGGUUUUUAGUUUAUUGCCGAGCUAAGGAAGCUGAGAAAGCCAACCAGAAUAAGUACAGUUUGAAUAGUGAUGAGGAGGAAGAGGUGGGGAAGUUGGUGAGGGAAGAAGGUGACAUUGUAAAUAUCAUGUACCUCACCAGCUCAGAUGUCAUAGAGGCUGCUAAGCUCUAUGGGCCAAGCUCUUUGAGUGAAGCUAAGAUGGAUAAAUUUUUGGGUGCUAUUGGGGGGGUGGCCGUUUCCAAGAAGCCGAGCAAGAAGUCAAGGACUUCAACUAAUGAGCUCAAAAGGAAAGGGAGCAAGGAACCAAAGGCACUCCAGAAGAAAAAGAAGGUGGUGGAACAGGGGGUGAGAGGGGAUGAGGUAAUUGAAUUCGUACCUCGACCUCCUCCUAUUGAGCUCGAUCCUAAGCCUACGGAGACUGAGGUCGGGGGGGCUGAGGUUAGAACCCCUGGUAAAAGGAAAGGACUCAUUCCCCCUUUUUCCUUUCAGAGCAGCCUAUUUGACGUGAAGAACGCAACGGGGGCAAAAAGGUUUAUUAAUGCAACAUUCCCCGAAGUGGACAAGCGUCAGGCUAAGGAAGAGGUGCUAACGUAUGCAGGAGCGACAGUGGUUAAGCACGCUCUGGAAAGUGCAAGCUGGAUGAAUGCUCUAGCCCAAGAGUUUGUAAAGAGUGUGAAGGAGCGCACUAUCUUGCGGGGGCAGUGUGAGCAACUGCAAAAGGAGAAGGAUGAGCUGGAAAAGAAGAAUAAGGAGCUGCAGGAGAUGCUAGAUGAGAUGGUACCAGUAGUGAAGCAGCUUGAAGAUGAGAAAGAUUCACUGAGUACUAAGCUCGUUUUUGAAGAGAGAAAAAGAAAGACCUCUAAAAGCGAGCGUGAAGCUCAGGAGAAGGAGAUAAAAAAGAUGAAAGAGGCUAUGACCGAGCUAAAGAAGAAUGUGGAGCUGUUGGUACAUAAUGCGACGGAGGAGCACAUUGCAAAUUUCUUGAAGUCUGGUAUGUUUGACGAGAUAGUGAACCUGUAUCGGCUACCCACUGCAAUCCUGACCUUCACGGACUGCAGAAAGAAGGUGAAGUCGCAAUAUCUCGAAGUGGAUGUCACGAGUAUCACCUUUGAUGAACAAGAAGAAGGGGCGGAAGAGAAUGGCGAAAGCAUGUCAGUUGACUUUCGGUCGAAAGUUAAGCUGAGAUGGGAUCACGACACACAAGGUCGUACAAUAUUUCCUCCACACUUUGACUUCAAAUUCGUUGCAGUGGAAGAAGAGGUUGCAGAGGUAGAGGAAGAGGACCAGCCAGCUCAUCUAGAAGUGGGACAUCCAUCUCUCCCUGCUGAGGAAGAGCCACCUCAGCCACCUCUUCCUACUGAGGAGUAGCCACCUCCUUCACUGAAGUAGUUAAGGUGUCCAUUCCUUUCUUUAUGUUAAAAUUGGGACAAUUUGUAGUUUGAACCUUUUAUAAUAUUUAUUACUUAAUUUAAUGAAAUUUUUUUGAAAUUAUCUGUAAUGUUUGUUUUGUGUUUUGUUUGUUUUAUAUUAACAUAAGAACUGAGAUGAAGUAAAUCACUUCGAAUGUG